UUUGUAAGAAGAAAGACAAUCUCUGCCUACUGAAGGAAGAUGUAUACAGAUCCCAAAGAAAUCUUGGAUGAGGUGCAGUAUCAGUAAGGGAAUAUAUAGGCAAAGAUACCUGAUGAGUUGAAAAGACAUAGCUGAAGUUCAGCAAGGCUUGAGAGAGCAUGCAAAAGGAGGUAUAAUGGCCUAAAGACAGAAUAUCUAACAAGUGGGACUAGAGUGGGUGAGUAUAUAAAAAAUAUAAGGGAAAAGUUUUUGUGACAAAAAUAUUUCAUCCUCUGAGUUUUAUGCAGAUAUAUCAAAGCAAUGGAAAAGGGAAACCAAACCAAUGUCUCCGAAUUUCUCCUCCUGGGCUUCUCCAAUUGGCCAAGGCAUCAGGCGUUGUUCUUAGCACUUUUCCUGUGUCUCUACCUAGCAGGACUGUUGGGGAACUUGCUCAUCUUGAUGGCUAUUGCCUCAGACCAUCACCUGCACAUACCCAUGUAUUUUUUCCUUGCCAAUCUGUCCUUGGUAGACCUCUGUCUCUCUUCAACUGCAGUUCCCAAGAUGUUGCUGAAUAUCCAAACACAGACUCAGUCCACAUCCUAUCCUGCCUGCCUGGUUCAGAUGUACUUCAGUAUAAUGUUUACCAACAUGGACAAUUUUCUGCUCACAGUGAUGGCAUAUGACCGUUAUGUGGCCAUCUGUCACCCUUUGCAUUACUCCACUAUUAUGACCCAGAGCCUUUGUGCCUGCCUGGUGGCUAUUCCCUGGGUCAUUGCCACUUUGAACCCGCUCUUGCACACCCUUAUGAUGGCCCAUCUGCACUUCUGCUCUAACAAUGUCAUCCAUCAUUUCUUCUGUGAUAUCAACUCUCUUCUCGCUCUAUCCUGUUCUGACACCAGCCUUAAUCAGUUGAUGGUUCUGACUGUGGUGGGGCUGCUCUUUGUGGUACCUUUAGGGUGUAUCCUGGCAUCCUAUGCCCACAUCAUCUCUGCUGUGAUGAAAAUCCUUUCUGUUCAAGGAAAACUCAAGGCUUUCUCCACCUGUGGAUCCCACCUUACCUUCGUCAUUCUUUUCUAUGGAGCAAUCACAAAGACCUAUAUGACUCCCAUAUCCAAUCAUUCAACUGACAAAGGCUUAGUGGCAUCAGUAAUUGUUAUUGUGGUAGCCCCUAUACUGAAUCCCUUCAUUUACAGUCUAAGGAACAAUGAACUGAAGGGAGCUUUAAAGAAGGUCCUAGACCACAGAAAAAUCUUCUCCCAGUGAUUUGUACUGGCUGAGGAGUUCAACAAGAGCAAAUCUUAAUGAGAUCAUCGU